UUGCCCUCGGCCAUCACCUCUCAGCUGGACAAAGCUUCCAUAAUCCGGCUCACCACCAGCUAUUUAAAAAUGAGGGUGGUUUUUCCUGAAGUCUCAGUAGGCUCCCGUCCUGCGUGAUUUCGAGCGGGUCUCGUCAAUUAUUGGUGCCUAUGCAGCGGGUUGUUGGAUCAGAAGAAGCAUAUGGUGUUGCUUGUCGGCUCUGAGUAAUCAUGGGAAGAGAAGAAUAGCUGAUCCCAGUCCCUCCGUGGCAAAGCGGAAUGUUUGAAUGCACUGGGGAAUUGCGUGGCAAAGUGCACCGGAGCCGGAGCCGCUGCUGUCCAAAGCAUAUGCUAAUUUGAGAAAAGAGACAGAGGAGGAGGCUAAACAGCGCGCAAAGCGGCAGAGCCCGCCGAGCCUAAUUAAAGGCGAGCUGCAAAUGAAGAAGGCAGGCAGGCACAAAGAGUCUGGCUCAAAAGAAGGGGCGGUGGUGGAAAUCCCCUGGACGCGCAUGUGUGGCGUCCGCUCUUGUAGCCAGGAGAAGAUAAGAGAGUCCUGGGGACCUUAGGGUUAGGAGGGACCUCAUUUAGUCCUGCUCCCCCUGUAUUUCCCUCUGGUUCUGUUUGCGUGUGAGAGAAGAGGGUGCAGGACAGACCCCGAGCAAUCAGAACUCUUGGUAGACGGGAUAUCUUUUUAUUCGACCAACUAGAUAGUUGCAAAAAAAAAAAAAAAAAGUCUUUAUUUGCAAGCUUUCGGGCACACGCGCCCAUCUUCAGGCAUAGGAGAGUGCAAAGAUCGCAACAUCUCUCGCCGAGCCACCCAAACAGAAGCAUGCCUUGCUCAGGAUGGGCUAUUUGGCUGCACUGAGCUGUUCGGGAAGUAGUCUCCCUCCUCCGUAGUUCAGAAGAGCUCUGGGUGUGUGAGUAAGAAGCACGAAUCCCAGCCACUGGCACUCAACCCGCCAUACCUGUGGGGAUGAGCUGGACGCGUCUGUGUCCAGAUCAACAGGGAGGAUAGUUUAUCACCUUUCUUGAAGGGGGGAGCAGGGACUCCAGGCGCAUCCUGGAUUUCCCGGGGGAUCUCGGGCCUGAGCAAAGCAAAGCUGUAAUGCCUCGCGGUAACUGGGGCUGCAGGCAGUGGCCCACCCCAGGAUGUACUUAGCCCAUACAAGUUUUAUCUAUAGCAUUUUCUGAGGUGGGGGCCUGUGUCUCCAGUCCAGGUCUCGCCUACUUAUUAGCUUGUGGGGCAGCAGCUAGAGGGGGUCAAGGAAACUACAUCGCGGAGCUGGGAGGGAAAAUUGAAGAAGGGAGCAGGGAGAAAUCGUUGACUAUAUUUAUCUGUGGGAAUCUUCCUGCUAUUUCUUAACCCAUGUGGAAGAAAUUGAUAUGAAGCACUAGGAGAGACAUUAGGACUAGGACAUUAGCACUAGGAGAGACAUAGAGUGGAGAUAAACAGGCUAAGGAAGAUGGCGAAAUAACACGUCAUCACAGGACAUCCUACGUCACCGAUCUACUAGUUUCUAAAUCUCUUAUUGGAAUAACUAUGCCUAAGGGGUAUCUAGUUAAUAACAGCUACAGUGCAACCCUUACAACUGUAUCCUUAUUAAUCUAAUGAAUUAACAUCUAUUUAGACUGAUUAUAAAUGGUUACAUCUAGGAAGAUAUAGACUCCAUACGCAGGUAGAGAAUUGUGAAUAGACAGAAAUAGCAUGCGGACAUCUUUCCCACAUAAUCAUUUGUAAUCAUUAUGUAGCCAGAUUUUGGAUUAUUUUUAGAGUUUGUUUGGUUUUUUGGCGUAAAAUAGAUACACACAAAGCAAUCACGGUGCCGUUUUUUAUGAUUCCUUCCAAUAUCAAUCCGAAGAUGUUGUUUAUUGAAUGCAGCUAAUGAACGUCCUAAUGCUAGAGGGAAAGCUACCAUGAUAUCACAUUAAGCAAACGCUUUAAAUGAAUAUGACCAUGAUGCUCCCUCCUGAGUUUGUGUUUAGGAUACGGUUUAACUCUUAAAUUAAUUCUCUGGGAAAAGCCGGUUUACAACACUUGGACGUUUCCCCUGUUUCUAGUUUACUGGUCUAGAUUUAACCUAGGAAGGGAGGAAAUUGUGCUACCUAAAACACAAACAGGAAAAUCAGCGGCUUGGGCAAUUCGCUUCGGUUUGGUACAAGAAGAGAGUUAAACUUCCGUGGAGAGAAGAAUCUGCAAGACAAACAGGGGUGUGCAGUGGCCCUCUCGCUCUGGGAAAUGACCAAAAGCCAUCCCGGUGCCGGCGGGCUGCAGGCGAGCUGCAGUAGCCUUUCAAAAACCCGAGGAUAAGAUGUAGUCCUAACACUGCGGUGUAAUAUUAAAUAGCCUCCUACAGCAUCAAGGGUAAAGCACGUACAGCGAACCUCUGGCAUUGUUUUCUUUCCCACAUAGAUGUACACGGGAAAACUACAUAUAGAUCUGUAGUCUUGCAGAUCUAUAUAGCAAGGUCGUGGUCUUUAUUAUUAUUACAGUUAUAAUUAUUACUACAACUAAGAGGACACGCCUGAUCCGAGCAAGCCACAGCACUGAAAUGAAUAUAUUUUUGGUGUAAUAUAUUUUGAUAAGAAAACGCUUCUCUGCGAAGAAAUAAUUUAGAAAAACGAUCACAGAAAAUCGCUAUACAUCGGUAGGUAGUUUCUCUAAACAGAACGGCGUUUAAUUACAAAGAGUCUAGCAAAGCCUCUGUUUAAAUAAACCUUUGUAGAAUAAUAAUGGUUAGUAUUUCAAUAUUGAAAUCCUUAAUCUUGUUUUAUUUUAGGGGGAUAAAAGACUAACAGAAGAAAAAAAAAAAAACCUUUCCCACGUGGAUAGGUGAUUUAAUGCUGUUUUUCUUACUGCUGAGGGAAAUGAUUGAGCAUUAGGUUUCAAUGUUUAUUUUCUUACAGAAGUUUUUCUCAUUUAAAAGCCUUUAAGCUGCAGUUUACUCUCCACGCUGCCUUUCUGUGCUUAAUACCAGUUUUGAUGUCGACUUAAAAUGUGAAGUGCAGGACUGAACUCUCGCAUAACAGUUGCAAGAGCAGAUUUAUGAGUUAGAAAGCAUACGGAAGAUCAAUGGAUUAAAUCAUAUUUUCUUUAGAAACAUCCCCUUCCCUGGCUAAUAAAAAUAACUUUUUUUUUUUAAACUGGCGGAUGCUUUUCGACCUUCGCAUCCAUACCGUGUGAAAUAGUGAACUCCUGCAAUCAUUUUCAACUUAGGUUACUUGUAAAGAAAAUUACCUUGAUUUGUAUCCUUCCUUCUAUAGCGAUCUGGGUGUAUUUCGAACAUGUUGGCUCCUUUUGGGGGUUGACAGAGGGACGUUUGCUUACAGUUUAAAGUAUUUACAUUUCUGUGCCCGCCAGAAAUAAAAAACGCUCGUAUUUCAUGGUAUUUCAUUCUCAAGUGCACCAGUAUUGGCGUUUUCUUCCAUUCAAUUCCAGUAAAGUGGUGCUUAUUCAGGCAACAUUUUUCAUUUAAAUAAACAGGAACGUUUCUUAGCUAAUCUUGUUGCAAAUGAACGCAUGUGAUUUACCGUAGACCUUUUAAAAAACCCAUAAUUGAUAUCAUUUAAUGUGAAGCCUCAAAGGAAAACGGAUGUUUUGUGGCAGCCUUUUUUGGCUGGGAUUUUAGGUUUCAUUAACCGGUGCCUGUUAAAUUAACUCAGAAAUCAUCCUUGUCUGCUACAAGGCUAGGCACUGGGAGCAGGCAAAACAGGACAUCCUGAGUAAACUAUUUAAUUAAACAGUUAAUGAACUCAGUUUGGUUCCUACACACAACACUCAAUUGCCUUUUUUGUGACUGGGGCCGGUUGGUAUUAAUUGCAAUUGCAGCAGCUGACAGAGAGAAAAAAUAAGGCUGUCUUUAAUAGCUGAGUCGAUCUGGUUUCCCCCCAAGAAACUGCAGUAAGGAAUACAGGAAAGUAGCCAUGGCAGGACAGGGAGAUCAGGAAACAUGAAAGGGGCUGCUUUAACAAGUUACAUCGGGACCACGGAGGCGAAACGUCUGUACAGUCGUAAAGCUUUAUGAGUGGCUUCACCUAGCAGGCUUCGUGGAGACACCAUACAGGGAAGGGAAGGAUCUGCUGCUUGAAGGGCUGGGCCACGCUCUGUGCCAGUGCAAACAUUGCCCAUAUCCUGGGGUCUUCGUGCAGCCUUCAUCCCCUUGCAUCCCCACUGGUACAGGCCUAUUGGGGCAGACAGUGUUUUUUUUGCUCGGGAAUUCCCUCGAGCCAGCGCUUCCUUUGGUACCCAAGGCCUUCAUGCCUUCCCGUGUCGUUGCUAUGAGCCUGUGAGUGAUCGCGUCCAUCAGCUGAAAGUCAACAGCGCAAAGGUGCGAGGGCUGAAGGACAAUGAGACAAGAUGCUUAAGGACGUUGUGGGCUCUCCCUCACUGGAGGUUUUCGAGAAGACCCUGGAUAGGCAUCGAUCUGGGAUGGUUUGGGGCUAGCAAAUCACGCAUCCACCCAGCUGGCUGAACUAGAUGACCUAAGGUCUCUUCCUAGGAUUAAUUUCUUAUCAUCAAGGUGGAGGCUUCCCUUUUUUUGGCUUUUCUUUGGCCUAAGUCCGGCGCUGGUGUGGUGUCUUGUGCGCCAGGGAUACUGGUAGGGAGCCGAGGAUUCAUUUUGCCUAACAGGACUCUGCCCAGCCAUUCUGGGCUUUGCUCCGGAGAGCCCUUAGUUACUUAGUAUUGCAGGAAAGGACCAAUUGCAAGCCAGAUCGGCCAAGUGAAACUAGUAGGAAGGCAAAGACUAAGGAAAAGGAACAACCAAUAACCAUGUCUCCUUCCUCUGUUAUUAACAUUAGUUGCACAAUAUCGCUUUUGUUUUCUGAGAUGAGGAUUUAGGGCCUGAUCUGAGGUUAUUUUCCGCUCCAUUCCCCACCCCCCCCCCAAAAAAAAAACUUCGAGGAUAAUAAUUUUUUUUUAACCCCACUUAGAACCACGAGCCACAAAUCCAGGACAAAUUCUGCAGUCAUUUAGGUAAAACUCUGUAUUGAUUUCAAUGGGGACUUCUCUGGAGUAGGACAUAAAGUAUUAGGGCAGAGGAUUACUCAGAAAGAAUUUUUUAUUAAGCACAAACUACAGUGAAGAAUCUGUAAAGAUACACGGUUUAGGCAAAAGUCUGCUGAUUUCCUUCAAACCUAUACCUAAAUAAAGACAGCAGGAUCAGAGCCCAAUGCCGUUACUUAACCACGGGUUAUUUCGUUUGGAAUUUUAUUUUGGUUGUAAUCAUUUAAAAUAAAUCAGCAAUCUGAACUACCGAUAUUCCUAUAGGGUCUCAUCUCUAACUGAAUAUAUAUUUAGUACCCGUCGUUUCUUGGGUCGAUCUGUUCCCGCACUGUUCAAUUUGGCACUCAGCAUUAUGGACUGUCAGAGUGCAGCCUCCAAGUGCGUUCAUCACCAAAGGCCAGCAAUUAGCUUAAACGAGGGUAAAUGCGAGGAACAGCCUCCACAAAAAUACCCUUCAAGGGCUCUGUUUUUUCAGCUCAGAAACCUCCCCCGCCACCACCAGCCGUCAAUUUUUGGCCCUUAUCUUUCAUUGAGAAGCAUCCUAAUCUUGGAGUGCAAAGUUUGUUCUGAGGCAGUUGUUUUCGCUUCCCUGAACCCCAGUUUUGCUCAGGUUUUGUAUGAUAUUUCAUUGGGGGAGUGAUCCUUGGGAUCUGACUCGCAAUGAGGCAGACUUGUCAUUGGACAGAAACUAUUCAUCAACCCAACUUCGCCAUUGGUUCCUGGCAUUAAAGAUUGGAUCAAUCAAAAAUGGAGGGUGGAUAUUGUUAGCUCAAAGCAGCAGGUUCUUUUAGCAGUGGGUAUUACAUUGUCCUUAUCUUAGGGCGUCCUAUUCGUGUGAACUAGCUUGUGCAGCCGUCUGGGCGUGUGUGAAUGAGAAUAAAACAUUGCAAAAGCCCCGGGAAUCCUAAUGCUUCAGCAGAUGUGGCCGAUACAGUUAGCUCCUGUGCAGAACGGUAGAGACGCUACCUUUGCUAUAUUCUAAAAAAGUUGGACGUUUCAGUGCAACUUUUCUACGGAUAAAUUGUUAAAAGAAAUGUGGAAUCAGAUCUCAGUCCCGGACAAAGCUAAUGUUUUGUUGUUGUUGUUAAUUCGGACCCUAAUUUGCUCUAAUAGUCCAGACAACCCCACGCGUUGGCUAAAACCAAAAUGUAGUCGCUCCCUUGCAGCUUCAGUCGUCUGUUUUAUAUAAAAAUACAUCCUCCAGUGGAGGAGAUCGUUAUUUUGGGGGCAUCUUGUAUAUUUUGUCAAGAGUAUAACAUUCAAUUCGGAAGGAAAAGCUCAUUCAAUUUAUUUUUGCUGCUUGCAAUAACACAGCUGGAGGAUGCCCCGCGCCCACGCUAGACGGUGGCUCAUCAUUCAUUCGCCAAGAACUGGCCUAAAUGGUGCCUGUGGGAUUAGGUCAAUUUUAGUGGAUCUACUUCGCCUCAUUUGGUUACUAAUUGGUUUCUUGUUUUAUAAAUCGAAAUCUCAUUUUCAGGAAAUUACAAAACCCGUGCAGCCAGUCCAUUGAGGUAAUCCAUGGGUCAGGGGGUAUUUAAAUGGAAAAGGUUCUACAAUGCAUCAAGUAUAAAGCGACAGUAAAACUUCUCCUAGAUGUUCAAAUGAAAUGUGAGCUAGUUGGCUCUUUAGGUCCAUAAUAGAUACAUCCCUUCUAAGGCUACUUAUGCAAAUAUGACUAACCAGACUCGGGCUGGCGGAGGGGGCUCAGAGAGAAAAGCACAUUUUUAUCUACUAAGGUUAAUGUGGCAUAACUUGGAAAUCUUCCAAAAUAGAUUAUGUUUUUCUUUGUCUUUGGCCACUUUAGCUGGGAAAAUCCUUUGCCUAAAAACGAUUUAGUUAUCCUUCCCCUCACAAAGCUGCUUGUUUCUAUUCCAAACCUAUUAUUCUGUUGGCCUCUCCAAAUUACAAGAGAAUCUUUAGAUCUUGUUUCCAGUGUAAUCCUGAAGCAAAAGGACAGCUGAUUUCCUUGUUUUGUUUUAAAGAAGACAAUCAAAGGAUUUGCGGAAUUUUCUGCGGUAGGUCAAGUGCAAGAAAUCAGUCUGCUUCCCUCGCUAAAAGAAAAUUGGAUGUUAAAACGAAGAAACAGUCAGAUAGAGUUUUAAAGUAACAGUAGUGGAGAGUUUUUCCGUGUGUAACCUUUAAAAGCCGAAUUUUAAAGGGCACGAGGAGAGCAAUUAGAUUUGUGUUGCCACUGACUGAAAAUAAUCUCCAACUGAAAAGGUACUGAAAGAACUAGCUAUCACAAAGAGCUAGCGCAUGUGAUAGGCUUUCGAAAAGCCGGUUCAGGUAGACAAGUGAAAACAUUUAAUUAUAAAACAUUAACAGACAUAGCCAGCCAGCGAAGGGUUUCCACCUGAAGCAUAUAAGGAAGAGUGCAACGCUCCGUGGAAAAAAAAAAAGUGUUCCUGAAAAAAAAGUUAACUUGUAAUGUGCAGGAGCUAUUCAUUAACUCGCAAGGCUCGGGCUAUUUUCCCUUUUAGGAGCAGAAUAAUUAGUUCCGUACACUUGGCUUAAUAAACAACUUAAAAUCCAGGCGAGGGACACACAAGAGCCUUUAUUGAAUGUAGGAGUCUGUUUUCCUGCUGCUUCGGGUAGGAAGAAGCAGGAGUGGUUCUUUCCUCCCCUUUUAAUGGACUUCAUUGUUGGAAACAACCAACCAAGCAAAACGUGUCAUUAAGCACCAAGUCGUAGAGGACUGUUCGGUCUUGGAGUGGAAAAUUGCAAAGGUGGCAAGAGGAGGUUAGACCUGUUUCAUUCCCAGUUUAACUGAGUGUCUAGUAGCCUCAUCACGGGCUCAAUCACCAAGCGCCUAGAAUAGAUGCUUUCCAGUAGCUCCCAGCUCCAGUGCAGUGAAUGGACUUCUGCUACGUUUGGGUACUGGAAAGGCUGGAAGUCCGUAGGACUUGGAGAAGCCUGGGGCCACUCUAGUCGCACCAGCCCUUUGGAUAAUGUUGGACGGGAGCUGGGAUCUCAUCUUUUGCAGACUUUGGAUGGUUUCAUAUUUGUGGUGGCCCCCGAUGGCAAGAUCAUGUACAUCUCAGAGACGGCCUCCGUUCACCUGGGUUUAUCGCAGGUAGAGCUGACCGGGAACAGCAUUUAUGAAUACAUCCACCCCGCCGACCACGACGAGAUGACCGCGGUGCUCACAGCACACCAGCCUUACCACUCCCACUUCGUGCAGGAGUACGAGAUCGAGCGGUCCUUCUUCCUAAGGAUGAAGUGUGUCCUGGCCAAGAGGAACGCCGGCCUGACCUGCGGGGGCUACAAGGUUAUCCAUUGCAGCGGGUACCUGAAGAUCCGCCAGUACAGCCUGGACAUGUCCCCCUUCGAUGGCUGCUACCAGAACGUGGGCCUGGUCGCUGUGGGCCACUCGCUCCCUCCUAGCGCAGUGACGGAAAUCAAGCUGCACAGCAAUAUGUUCAUGUUCCGAGCCAGCCUGGAUAUGAAGCUCAUAUUCUUAGAUUCCAGGGUAGCUGAGCUAACAGGUUACGAGCCUCAGGACCUGAUCGAGAAGACCCUCUACCACCACGUCCAUAGCUGUGAUACUUUCCACUUGCGCUGUGCUCAUCAUCUGUUGCUGGUGAAAGGGCAAGUGACUACCAAGUAUUACCGCUUCCUGGCCAAGCACGGCGGCUGGGUGUGGGUGCAGAGCUACGCCACCAUCGUGCACAACAGCAGAUCUUCGCGGCCCCACUGCAUCGUCAGCGUUAACUACGUCCUCACGGAAACUGAAUAUAAAGGACUACAACUAUCCCUGGAUCAGGUUACAGCAACAAAGCCAUCGUUCUCAUAUGCAAAUUCAACUCCAACCAUAACGGACAACAGAAAAGGAAGCAAAUCACGCCUCUCAAACACAAAGUCAAAAUCAAGGACAUCACCAUAUCCACAGUAUUCUGGAUUUCAUACAGAAAGAUCUGAAUCUGACCAUGAGAGCCAGUGGGGUGGAAGCCCACUCACUGAUACUGCUUCUCCACAAUUACUGGAACCUGCUGAGAGACCAAGCUCACAACACCAUGAUGUCUCCUGUGCCUAUAGACAGUACUCGGACCGCAGCGCUCUCUGCUAUGGCUUUGCACUUGACCAUUCUAGGUUGACCGAUGACAGACAUUUCCAUACUCAGGCCUGUGAAGGUGGCAGAUGUGAAGCUGGUAGAUAUUUCCUGGGCACACCACAGCCUGGAAGAGAGACUUGGUGGGGUUCUCGUUCAGCAUUGCCCCUGACCAAAUCAUCCCCUGAAAGCAGAGAAGCAUAUGAGAAUAGCAUGCCCCACAUAACUUCAGUUCACAGGAUUCAUGGGAGAGGACACUGGGAUGAGGAUAGUGUUGUUAGUUCACCCGAUCCAGGCUCUGCUAGUGAAUCAGGAGACCGAUAUCGUCCUGAACAGUAUCAGAAUAGUCCACACGAGCCCAGCAAAAUUGAAACUCUAAUAAGAGCUACUCAGCAAAUGAUUAAGGAGGAAGAAAACAGGCUACAGCUACGGAAAACAACUCCUGAUCCAUUGGUCUCUCUUAACGGAGCAGGGAAAAAACACUCCCUUUGCUUUGCUAACUACCAGCAGCAGCAGUUGACAGGCGAUGUCUGUCAUGUUCCUACAGUUGCCAACACCUCUCCAUGUGAACACAUUCAGCAACGAGACGGGAAGAUUAUGAGCCCACAUGAAAAUGACUACGACAACAGUCCUACGACACUGUCUAGAAUAAGCAGCCCAAAUUCUGACCGAAUUUCAAAGUCCAGUUUGAUACUAGCUAAAGACUAUCUGCAUUCAGACAUGUCCCCACAUCAAACCACAGGAGACCAUCCAGCAGCUUCUCCAACCUAUUACAGCUCACACAGGCAGUACUUUGAUAAGCAUGCUUAUACGUUAACUGGAUAUGCUCUUGAACAUCUAUAUGACAGCGAAACUAUUAGAAACUAUUCCUUGGGCUGUAAUGGAUCACACUUUGAUGUGACUUCUCAUUUAAGGAUGCAGCAAGAUCCAGCACAGGGACACAAGGGGACCUCUGUUAUAAUAACCAAUGGAAGCUGACAUUUUUUCUAAUAUAUUUUGUUCUUUAAAAAACAAAACAAAACAAAACCCCCCCUUUGAAAUGUAAUUGGAAGAUAUAUAUGUUUUAAGACCCUGGUUACCAGCAUUUGAUAUACCACAAUGCACUAGAGAAAAUACCUAAAGUACUGGGGAAAAGUUAGUAGAUGUGUUCAUUUAAAAAUAAUGCACUGGCAUUAGGGUUAUAGUGAAUACAACUAAAUACAAUGUGGCUGUCAUAUUAUAUAGAAAAGCUGGGAAAGGCUUGGGCUGGGUUGGCUAAGCAGACUUUUGGUAGACAAGUUGAGCAGUUUAUGCACCCUGGGCCCAUCUGGACAAGAUGCUUUACUGUACAGCAGAUUAAUUUGCUGCACAGUAAAGCAUCACCGUCUACAUGUACAUGUGAGUGGCAGUUAGGGUGCAGUAGACUAAUUUACUGUGCUGCCAGAUUGUCCCAUCAGAUACAAGUGGUAUCUGGUAGCACAGUAUUUUACUGAGCUUAAAUGCACAUGUAGACAGUGACAUCGGGAUUAAUUUACUCUGGUUCAAUUUGAGAUGGAGUAUAUUUCAGUUGUAUUAAUUGCACAUGUAAACGCACCCACUGACUAAUUUAAUACAUACUAAAGCAUCAGCAUCUACAUGUGCACAGCAUUUACCGUGUGGUAUUUUUGUCUAAUGUGCUGUUUUCUAGUACCUGUACAUACAGAUACUAGAAAUUAGUGCAUUAAACUGAUGCACCGAAGCACACAUGUAGAUGCUGACUGGAAGCAAAUUGCUCUCAGUCAGCCUAGGCAACAGUGGGCCACAGGGGAUGGAGAGAGCUGUCCUGGCUCAGCAGGAUGCUGCCUCUCAGUUGCUUGGAGUUUGGGACCUGUCUUCAUCUCAGUGUGGCUGGGAGAGCUGUCCCAGCUGCUGGGCAGCUGCCUCCAGGCCACAUGGAGAUUGGGACGGGAUGGGUACUGGGGGUAAAUUAGUAGACACAUCUCAAUCCCAUCAGAUGGGAUGGAUACUGAUCACCAGGGAUCCUGGUUUUCUCCCAUUAAAAAAAAAUCCCUAAUUUUUGGUUUAAAAAAGUAACCCAAAAUACACAUUUUUCCAUGCUUAAAAUGAAACACAACUAAUAUAUAUAUAUAUAUAUAUAUAUAUAUAUAUAUAUAUAGGUGAGAAUUGGGGAUUUUUUUAUCAGAGAAAACUAGGAUCCUGGCUGACCACCACAUGGCUGGGAAGCAGUUGCCUGCCAACUGGUAUGGCUCUCCCCUGCCCUGCAGAAUCAGGAUCAGCCCUGUAUACCCUCUGCCAGCAUGGGGCUGAUGCCUGAGGAAGCCAGGCAGUUUAGGGCUGCUCCUGCCCUGCUCCGCCCACCUGCAGCAGCAGCAGGUGGGAAGAGCAGGGCAGGAGCAGCCCGAAACUGAACCGCUCCAGCUGAGAGCCAGCCCUGAACUGAACUGAAACCCUGUCCUAAACCCUAGACUGCCGCCCUACACUGAACUGCUCUGGUUGAGAGGCAAUUUGCUCCCAACAGGCACACGUUCAGAUGCAUAUGGAAGCCCAGUAUAAUAUGCCUGAAUUUUCUGUGCAGAAAAUUUAGGUUCAUUAAUUGCACAUGUAGACGCGCACACUGUGUAGGACUUGGCUGAUGAAAAAUGCUCCCAAAGGAACCCUCUGAAUUGCACAUACCCCAUAGGUCUUGGUCAACUUUAACUGCUAUGCACUCCCUACAUAUAAAAACAUGGAAUAUAUACAUUUAAAAUGUGCAUUAAAAUUUGUAUCUUUGGUGAUUUGUUUAUUCCAGUAAACUCUAGCUAUUUAAUGCUGCUCAGUGCAUCCAUGGGUGGCCAAAAGGAAGAAAAGAGAAUGAUUCUCAGAAUUGUUACUUCUUUGCAUACUCAUAUUCUUAGUUGUACACAUGCUUGACUUGAAAUAUGUAAAUUGAGCAAUAUAUUUACGAUUACAUAGAUAUAAUAUUUACUUAUACAGUAUUUAAAGGAAGGAACUGAAAAGGGGUUAUUUUUCAGUUUCUUUUGAGCAAUACAGAAUUGAUGUAGAGGUUGAAGAUACUUUGAGUGGCAAUUACAUUUUGGAAGAUUGCAUAAAAUGGCUGGUAGAGUUAAUAGGAGACAAUUAGUGAAAAGGAAAUGCAGAAAGAGGCUGCGAGUGGCCCAAGACAAACAAAUUUAAUCCUAUGGUUAUGUAAAAGUACAUACACCAUGAAGAGGAGACUCAGAGUGGGUUAGAUAUACGGGAGGAACUGCUCUAAAAUUACUGCAAGGCUGGCUGUAAAAUACAACUAGGUGAGUGUAAAAAUAUGAGUUGUAAGGAAGACAAAUACUGCAUGGUGGUUGUGGUGAAAUUUCAAAAAGCCUGUGGGUACAUUAGGAAAAUAAAGGAGAUUGUAAAGAUUCUAGGGUAGCAAGGCUGACAGACUACUGAAGUAAUAGGCAUGACUACAAGAAAGACAGGGUUCUUGUCUUACUCAUACAGUCAAUAGAGCAGAGAUGUCAAAAACAGUCAGGUAAUAAUCAGGGGAAGACAAGAAAGAAACUGAAGGAAUCGGGAUCCUGAGAAAUUUCAGUUAUUCUUUGUUAAUGGGCUUGCCAAAGGAUGCAGAGGAAGCUAUAGUAAAUAUAUUGAAAAUCCACAUUUGCAAGGAGAUAUUAAUAAACUGCAAGCAAGACAAUGUAACAUCAACAACUAAAACAUUUAUAUAAGGGAGAUCAUUGUUACAUUUAUUGACCCCCUUCUCACCCAUAAAAAAUCAAUGGGAAUCUUGCAAUUGAUUUAAAAAGGAACUAGACUUACUGCCAGUCGCCACUCAUAAUAGGAUGGGCAUUGGGGUGAUUAGAUAAAUGGAAUGGACAUUUCAGACUGGCUUGGCUUAUGAUCCAAGGAAGCUAGACACAUGGGACUUUACCAGCAAUGGUCAUAACAUAUCCAUCCCAAUGUACGAGAUAUCUUACAAAUAUUAGUUUUCAAAAUAGGGAUAAUCCAUGCAGAGAUGACAACAAAAAAUAACAAUCUAGAUCACUUAAGCAGAGUUUAACCAUAAGACAAAAAUAUGUAUGAUCUUUAAACCUGGAAUACUGAUCACUUUGAGGCAGAUUGUAGUACUUGAACUGAAUAAUAUUCUGUCCCACAAGAAAUCCUUUUUGACUUGUUAUCGCUUUGAGUGAAUGGUACAUGAACAUGAGGAAUGGUAAUACAAUCCAAUCUUUAUUAUCUAAAACUCACAAUAAAAGGUAGUGCAGAUCGCAAGCAGAAAGAUAAAGAGACUGAAAGGUCUAAUAAAACUUUAAAUAAACUAAAUCUAUCAUCGUUGAGGAAAAAAUUCACAGGGAAUGUCAGUGCUGUAAACAAAUUCUGCAGAGAAAAGAGUGUAGAUAACAGGAUAAGAGAUCCAUUUAAAUUAGUGGCAGAUAUGAGAGACAAGGCAUUAAAUGUUAGCUAAGGAAUUAUAAAAACAAGAUGAAUUUGGAGAGAAUUUUGUUUAACAAAAUGUAAAAUGUUGAAUGAACUAUAAAAGUAAAAAGGGAGCAGCUAGUAUAAAUCAUAUUUUUAAAAGGUCAAACCAAAACAAUAUUUGAUGUUGGGGCAAUAGUACUGGCUCAGUGGGAGGGAUAAGCCAAAAUGGACUUCAUUCAGCCCAGUAAUUUUUUUAUAUAGUCCUAAAAAUUAGGAGAGGGUAUUUUUGAUAAAUUUAGUUCUGGAUGCAUCUUUAUUUAGUUUGUAUCUAUAAAAUAUUAAUAACUUUGUAGUACAAAAGAUAUGAUUUGCCAAGUGAAAUAGAGUAAAAAUAUGUGCAUUGCAAAAGUGACUAUUGUCCUACAGUAUGACAGGCACCUUCAGAACCACUGCACUUAUAACACCAAGUCAGUACACUUAUAGUCUACAUUUCUUCAUCUAGAAAAGAGACUGUUCUAUGCAAUACCAUUUCCUCGUUAUUAUUUAGUGUUAUCCUAGAAUUAAAGUUUCCAGUAGCUAUAAUUAAUUAGUUUUAUCUUACUUUGGUACUGGAAUUUUCAGUAGUUCCAUGCCAGCAUAAUGAUAAUGAUAGAUGUGGAGAGAUGCAAUGUAGUGAAUAUAACAUCUAAAGUCUCGGCCCCUCACCUGCAAAGACUGACACUUGUUCACUCCCUACACAAGAUGGCAGCAGUUGUCACUCUUAGUGCUUCCUUGUCAUUGGCUGGAGAUACGUGCUUCUAUAGGCUACGUGACUGGUCAGCCUUCUUUCUUAAAAAGACCAAGUACAAGAGACAAAAAUGUCAUCCUUACUUCAGAGUUGGCAGGGAGUUUUAAUGCAAUUUUGAAUUUUGUGGAAGCUUAGGAACCCACAAUCUGCUACAUCCUGUUUAUAUACUAUAUGAAAACAAGCUUGCAACCUUAACUAAAUGCAUAUAACAUGUGCUUUCCAAUAGGACAUAAAGUUUUUAUUUGUCCAUGACAUAUUUUAUACAGCUCUUCAUUUAACAUUAAAAAAAAUAGAGCGCUUCAAUAUUGUUCAAGGACCAUAUUCUUUUUUUUUUUAAACAAAAUUGAGAUGAGCUAUUUGGGAAAGUUUGAAAAGCAAGAUAUUGUCUAUGAUAUUUUUAAAAUAUAUCCUAUUAGCUUAAUGCUAUCACUACAUAGCGAAGACAUUUUAAAUGUAGGAACUACACUGAUUGCACUGUACUACGUGAGCAUUUCUAUAUUAUUCAAACUUUGUGUUGACAAAUGUGAUAUCAAGUUAAUAUAAUAAUUAGAAUGCGAAAUUAAUUAUCGUUUUAUCUAAAACUAAUUGAAAUCAAUAUGAGUUUUUCAGUUGACUUCAAUAGGUUGUGGAUCAAGCCUUCUAUAUUUUUAUUUGAUGUUAAGAGACGAAUGAAAAUAUCUCUAAUUUAUACACAGUAGUACUUGGUGCACUCCAUGAACAUGCUAUAGCUAAAUUCACCUAAGACUUUAUACCAUAAAAACUCCUAUUUCAUAUGCAGUCCCAUUGAUUAAACUGGGAAUAUCAUAGAAUAAAGCAUGACUCAUUAUGAGUAAGAGUAAGGGUAGCAGAAUCUGCCUCCUAUUUAAUUGGCACCAGGGAUUUUUGUUUCCUUUUUUUUUUUUAAUCUGUAAGAUGCAACUAUGAGAGUUGUAAAAGAAAAUGCCUAAAAUACUGUGUAUUAAUAAUAGAAGCGUUUUUCCCUAUACAUUUUGAAUAAUUUUACAGAAAUGUGGUCACCUUGAAUGUUGGUGGGUGCCAAACCCAAAGAAUAUUCUGCUAAACUUUCCCCCUCUGAUUAAUAGAUAUCUUAAUAUGCUAUAAUGAUGUUUCCAUAAGUGCUGUUGCUCAGGAUUGUACAUUAAAAUCCUACUUAUUCAAACCCAUUUAAAUCCAUCAAAGCCUUUCAUCUGAAUCUCUGUUAUCUCUAGGCAUGGAGCACUUAUUCAAUGAUUUUCUUCGUUACUCAAACAACCAUUUUAUUUGAUAAGUACUGAUCUCCCAAAAACUUUUCCGUCAAUUGGUUUUCCUUUUUGACUUCUUCAGAAAACAUUACUGCAAAAGGCACAGACAGCUCUGUCGAAGUACUGCUACACCGGGGCAGAACCCAAGUCCAACAAACUCAUGGAUAUUAGAAUGGUUCUUCAGGCAUGCCACCUGCAAAGUUCACCUUGCCUGCAUUAUCAAGUCCAGCCAUGCGUAUUUUGGAGGUGGUUCUGGUUAAUGUUGGAAAACAAACAUAUUAAAAUUCUGGCACUUCCACAGGAUUUUUUUAAGUCUACUCAGAGAAGCACAAAGUAUGAAGGCAAUUUGUUAUUGAUUUUAAUAGACUACUUUAUUUCCAUACAUGCUGAGUCAAACCAAACUUAUUGAAACUCCGGUGUUCAGAAAACGAACAUAUUAUUUUCAGUUAUGAAUAAUUGGUAAAUCAUCUAUCUUCAGUUUAAAAAAAUGGAGUUUUGCUAUCACUUUGAUACAGUAUGUAUCACUCAGUUUGCUGCGAAUAAGGCUUAUAAGAGUGUGUAGCUGAUGGGUUACCAAAGUAUUUCUACCAGUGUAUGCUCUACAAGGAGUUAUUGUUUUGGAGAAAGAAAAUUAAAUACAAUUUUCUGCACAAUGGUGAGUGCCAGUGCAUCUCAGUUGCACAGGAAGUGAAAAAUUACAAUUGUGGGAAACUUCCUCAUGGUGUUAAAUUCUUUUACACCAGGGUUCAUGGACUAACUGCUCUCCAGUUAGCAAAACCUAACCCCUUUCUGAGAGAAUGUUAAUUUAUGGUCCGGCCAAGGGGUAUAUGGGAGAGAAAAGAUUUAAUAUACCACUGUUAUAGCCAGAAAGAAAGAUAUUUUCUUGGUUGUAUUCACUACUGAUCCUCUCUUUUCACAUGGAAUACAGAAGAUUCCCAGUUAUUCUAGGAUUUAAAAUACAAUUUUAAACAUUUUUAUUUAUUGCAAUUUUGACUGCAUGUGAUUUUGCUUUUAGAUACCAGUGAAGUGGGAAGUUUGGAAACACAAACUAAUUUCUUUUAAAACAUCAUAAAACAGUAGUAUGUUUACAUUUCUAAGGAAAUAAAGUGUACUGGGAAGAGUUCUCCUAAAUCACUGUAACUUUUUCCCCAAAGGUGAAAACACAUAAAAUGUAUUAAUCUAGGAAAAGGCACUUCAGAAACAAUGAAACAUUUCAAGUUUGCUUUAAACCCAAUAGAUUAUAUUUAUGAGGAAAAGACACAGAAUUGCCAACAUUUGAAAUACCAUGCCUAGCAAUGUAUAGGUUCUAGUGACGUUGUACCAUAACAUCUGUAAUUUGAAUUUUUCCUUUGGAAUGUAAUGUAGGAAACACAAUUUAGCUAUGUCAACAAUAUCUUGCAAAGUGUUCCCAUUUAUAAUUAUUUAUAUUGUAAAUAGCUUUCUGAAGUAAAUUUGAAGUUAAUGUGCAUAAGAUGUAUUUAUUAUGUGAAGAUUUUUUUUUCGUUUAAAAUACAGUUACCAAUAUACAGA